GGCGAAGGCGCCUCUGCAAUCGAAAGAGACAAAAACUUUUACUGCGCGCACCCAUAGCCAUAACCGUAAUAUCACACUGAACUGCAUAAUCUCGCAAGAAGCGGUCGUUGCAAUUGUAAAAACAGCAUUACAGAGAGACACAAGCAAUAACGCCUACCUGGGAAACACACAACUCUCGCGUGUGCGCAGAUGCUCGUCUCCUCACGGCUCACUCUCUGGGUCACGGUCGUGCUCGUGCGGCUUCCUCGUCGAGCGGAGUGUGCUCUCCCCCACCAUCAGGUGGUCCGUGCAGCAACGCACUCUCGCUCUCGUUCACGACGUCUUUCUCUCUCUCUUUCUCCGUUUCACGCGUACGGCAGGCCGGAUGGCCGCCCCCGUUCACGCUCCUCUUCUCGGCGUGGGUAUAAAAUCGCGCAGGCCCCCACAUAUAUAUGACAGUGUAUGCCAAAGCCCCGUGGCCAAAGCAUCCCAGCAGCCGAGCACGGAACAAGUGAGGACCAAGUUUUUCCUUCGAGACAGACGCCGAGGAGUGAGACGCCAUGGCAGCUCGCCUCGCUAUAACGAGUUUCGUAUUUGUCGCGGCCUGGGCAUUGGCUUCCGCCACCUUUGGAAAGGAACAUGUCCAUAUAAGAAUCCACCUGCCUCAGGAGCACCACCACGAGAAAGAAGUCCACCAUGAUCACGGACCUUCCCACGGUGGAGGCGGCGGUGGUAUCGAAUUCGCUGGAUACGGAGGCGGUGGCGGCGGCGGUGGCCACGACUUCGGCGGUAGCUUCGGCGGUGGUCACGGAGACGUCGGCGGAUACAGCGGCGGCGGUGGAUACGGCGGUGGCGGCGGCCAUGACUUUGGCGGCAGCAUUGGAGGUGGACACGAUGACUUCAGCAGCGGCGGUGGUCACGGAGGUGGUCAUGGCAGCAGCGGUGGUUUCGUAGCUUCGUCGAGCUUCGGCGGUGGAUACGGAGGUGGUCACAGUGAUCACGGAUCAAGCUUCGGCGGUAGCUUCAGCGGCGGUCAUGGAGGUUACAGCUCCAGCGGCGGUCAUGGAGGUUAUAGCUCCGGCGGUGGCCAUGGAGGUUACAGCUCCGGCGGUGGUCAUGGAGGAUACAGCUCCGGAGGAUCCAGCUUUGGUGGUGGCCAUGAUGAUCACGGAUCUAGCGGAUUCGGAAACAGCAUCUCUUCUGGAUACAGCAGCGGCGGACACGGCGGCGGCUACAGCUCCGGUGGUAGUCACGGAGGUGGUCUGGGUAGCUACAGCUCCGGUGGUGGUCACGGAGGUGGUCUGGGCAGCUACAGCUCCGGUGGUAGUCACGGAGGUGGUCUGAGCAGUUACAGCUCCGGCGGUCACGGCGGUGGUCUGGGCAGCUACAGCUCUGGCGGACACGACUCCUACUCGUCCGGUGGUCACGGCUCUUCUUUCGGCGGUGGUGACUCCUACUCGUCGGGUGGACACGGCUCCUUCGGCGGCGGCGACUCCUACUCGUCCGGUGGUCACGGAGGUCACGGCGGCGGCGACUCCUACUCGUCCGGUGGUCACGGAGGUCACGGCGGCGGCGACUCCUACUCGUCCGGUGGUCACGGAGGUCACGGCGGUGGUGACUACUCGAGCUCGUUCGCCUCCGCCUCGGCUUCGGCCUCAGCCUUCAGCGGCGGCCACGGCGGCGACUCCUACUCGUCGGGAGGACACGGAUCCUUUGGUGGCAGCAGCGGUGGCGGCGGUGACCACAGCGGCUUCACUGGCUAUCACUAUAAGAAGAAAACUCCGAAGCCACCAGUACCGACGCCAUUGUAACCUCACUGAAUCAGCUGAACCUGGGCCACAAAAAGUCAAAGGAAGUAUCUUUACACGAUGCCGUCAAAGGAAGCGAUUUUAAGACUGUCGAGACGCUACUUCAACAAAAAGCCAAAGUAAAUAAGCUCUCUGAAGACAACUUGACACCUCUUCAUAUAGCAGUGCAAAAUAAGUCGUACAGGAUGGUCCAGCUUUUAUUAAAAUAUAAAGCCAUUGUCAAUCCAAGCAGGAAAACACCAGAUUCAAAGUCGCCUCUAUUUUUGGCCGUUGAAAGUAAUUGCACAGAAAUAGCUCAUUUGCUUUUAAAAAAGGGAGCUCUACUCAAAAAAGCAAGAACUCGAUCUUCUACAGUAUACGACUUGGCUAAAAAGAAUUGCAACAAGCCGUUAUUGCAGCUGCUGAUAGAAACCGGCAAAAAGGAACUCAACCUAGAAGAUUACAAAUCCAGUAAAUCCUUGGAAAACGUCAAGUUUGAGAAAAAGAAUGAUUCGCUGCUGGUUCGUGUGCUCAAGAAGAACACGAUUGAAAUAGCAAAAACAUACCACCUGCAUAAAAAUGCUCCGAUACUGAAUGCAAUUUAAAUGAUUUCCCACGCCCUAGAUAAAUUUGUAAAACGCCUUAUUUAUAUAUUAAGUAUUUUUCUAUAGUAAGUAAUUUAAUAGAUCAUUGACUGUUCUUGUUGAACUAUACUUAAUAAGUUAAUAUA